AAAACGAAAAUACUCGAUCGGAGUACUGGAUAAACCACCAACCAUUGCCGUCGUAAUCAGGGAAGGGGAGAGAAGGGGAUGGAGGCGUUGUUGGGGAUGCCGUACGAAGCGGCCGUGCGGGUGGCACUGGCGUCGCUGGAGCGCAAUCUCCUACCGGACGCGGUGGUCCGGCGGCUCACGCGCUUGCUCCUCGCCUGCCGCCUCCGCUCUGGCUACCUCCCCUCCGCCGACCUUCAACUCGCCCACCUCCUCGACUUCAAACGCUCUCUUGAAGACAUGCCUAUCGCUGUGGAAGCUGAUAAAGCCAAUUCCCAGCAUUAUGAGUUACCUACCUCAUUUUUCAAGCUGGUGUUAGGAAAGAAUCUCAAAUACAGCUGCUGUUACUUCCAAGACAAGUCGUGCACAUUGGAAGAUGCUGAAAAUGCAAUGCUUGAGCUAUAUUGUGAGAAUGCACAGGUUAAAGAUGGGCAAUCUAUCCUUGAUCUAGGAUGUGGCUGGGGAUCCCUUUCUAUAUAUAUUGCAAAGAAAUAUCGAAAUUGCAGUAUUACUGGGAUAUGCAAUUCAACAACACAAAAAGCUUGUAUAGAGGAGCGGUGUAGGGACCUUCAGCUGUUCAAUGUAGAGAUUAUUGUAGCAGAUAUUAGCAAAUUUGAAAUGGAGGCUACUUUUGACCGAGUUUUAUCAAUAGAGAUGUUUGAACACAUGAAGAACUAUAAAGAGCUGCUUAAGAAGAUAUCAAAGUGGAUGAAGCAGGAUAGCCUACUAUUCAUUCAUCACUUCUGCCACAGAACAUUUCCUUACCACUUUGAGGACAAAAAUGAAGAUGACUGGAUUACAAGAUACUUCUUCUCUGGAGGGACGAUGCCUUCUGCAAACUUACUUCUCUAUUUUCAAGAUGAUGUCGCUGUAGUCAAUCAUUGGCUUGUGAACGGGACACACUAUGCACGGACAAGUGAAGAAUGGCUUAAGAGAAUGGAUCAGAGCCUGGCUUCCAUAAGGCCAAUUUUUGAGACUACUUAUGGAAAUGAUUCAGCUACCAAGUGGAUUGCUUAUUGGCGAACAUUCUUCAUUGCCGUGGCAGAACUCUUUGGGUAUAACAAUGGAGAAGAGUGGAUGAUCGCGUUAUACCUAUUUAAAAAGAAAUAGAGAUGUGAAAGCUUUCCAUAACUAACUUAUUGGCCCUCCAUGUAUCUUUGUUUCCAUUAUCUGUAGCAUUCGUGAAAUUGUCUGCUAUCCUUUGUGGCUGGGCAGCUAUUGGUGGCUUGAAUUGGGCGUUUGUGAAUAAUCAAAAAUUUAACGUAGAUUGGCAAAAUAAUGUUAGUGUUUUCAAACUUGAUAACGUCCUAAA